CCCCUCAGCACCCUCACUCAGCAGGUGUGUGUGAGUCUUCCUUGUGAGACACUGGAUGUAUUUGGGAUCACUCAGGACCCGCACUGAUCAUGGAUGUUCACACUGGACCAGGAUCAAACUCUUUCUUCUCUCAUCUGUUUGCUUUUUGCGAGGAUUCUCUCUCCACCUGUUUCUCACGUGAGUCAGACAAACCCUGCGUCCUGAUCGGUCUCAGCUCUUUGUCUGCCCUCACUUUACUUCUGUCAUGUCUGCUGUUGAUGUACCAGAGGUGCAGGUGUCCUGAUGAAAAUCCUGCAGAAGAAACCAUCAUUCUCCUCUACUGCUUCCUGGGUAACCUGUGCAGCACUGUGGGAGCCAGUCUGUCCAGACAGCUUUAUAUUCAGGUUUUAAUGGGUGCCUUUGCAGCUGCUGUGGAUGCCGUCAAUGUGAUGUUUUCCUGCUUCCCAGUGUUGCUGGGCUUGAACACAAAGACAGAGAGGAGGCUGAGGGUCAUGAGGAGGCGGAGGAGACAGCACCUCCUCGGAGUGUGCAUACUGAUGGUGGUUGCCGGAGGUUUUAUGAAGUCUCCGGUCAAACCAGCAGACAGGCUUCUCAGCAGGAGGAGACUGUUGCACAUCCACCUCCAAGACAACACUGAAAUCCUGGGUUACAUACUUGGCUUGAUCUCUUUUGUCAUCGUCUGUACCUCCAGGCUCCCGCACGUCUGCAGAGUCCACAGAGGACAGAUGUUGACCCAGGCCCACGUGUUCUCAGGACUGCUGUGCUCCCUGGCUGGGGGCCUCUACGCUGCUGCCAUGCUCCUCUACGACACUCAGAUUGAGUUUCUCCUGAGAGUCAUGCCAUGGCUGCUGACAGCAAUAUGCGGAGUCACUCUGGAUCUUCUCACUCUAAUCCUCCACUGGUGUAAGAGAGGAACCAGGCAGCAGCUUAUACGCUUGUCUCCAGACACAGAGAGUCUUUUAGGUGGCUCAGGCCUCUCCACUGAGGAGAAUGUUGUAAUGAAGAACCACAAAAAACAAAAACUUAAUUCAUCACCACAAACAAAAUCAACGUUUUCUUCAAAGAAAAAAAAUGUCCAGAUGUCUGAAAUGGGCCGCUACAUGGAUGUGAGUGUUCACCCUGAAGGAAAAGUUUGCUUGCAGGAGGCGGAGGACAAAUGUCUCAACGGGACAGCGCGAGGGAUCAGAGUUGACGGUUUCUGCCUGUCGGAUACGUCUUUUGACUCCUCAACAGUCAGCUCAGAUCUGGAGUGGGAUUUUGAAGAGGCAAAUGUUCAGUGGAGAGGACCAACGGUAAAACAACAGAAGGGUGAUGAGUUCCCUCUCAAACAGUGUCCAGCAAACCCCAAACCCUUCACCAUCUGCACCUGUGCCAUGUCUGGACUCCUAAAGAAAACUCUGUCUAGUAAAGAAGAGGGUGUAAGAUCCACAAAGUGAUCAAGAAGAGAAUAAAAUCUGCAGAAAUGGACCUGUCGUCUGUCUU